AUGGCGCCCGCCGCCCCCCAACUCCCCGCCCGGUUUCCAUGCUGGUGUCGAGCCAUAUACUCGUGGGGAGGCGAGACAAAACGUGACCUGGGGUUUGUGGAAGGUGAUCUUAUCGAAUGCUUAAACGCAGGCGAUGGACAAUGGUGGAUGGGUCGAUUACGGCGCGACAGGCGCAUGAUGGGCCUGUUCCCAUCCAACUUCGUCGAGGUCCUUGGGGAGGACUUUGUGCCUGUGACUAGAUCGACAAGCCCCAUGAUCUCCGCAACCGUGUCUCCGAUAACGAACCCUACUUCGGCGCCGAAGAAGACGAAGACCGUUUUCCGGAAACCCUUUCAAGCCCAUAGGGAAGCUCUGGCGCCAACAGGCGAGCUGUCUCGUGGCGGCAUGUCGUCGUCCCCCGUGAUGGCAAGCUCUAUACCACAAACGCCACCCCGGGAUGGCAGUCUUUCUGGAAAGGUCAAACCAUUGCGAACACCAACCACCGCAGUCAAGCAUCGGAGCUCUGUAUCGAGGCCGCCCUCGCGGUCGCGGCCUCCAUCGCGCGCAGCUUCACCUCGUCCUCCAGCUGAGCCUGAUCCGCUCCUCUCAUCAAGCGCUCCGGCACCGUAUAAUCCCCGCAUGAGACCGCCGUCUCGAGCAGUAUCACCUUAUCCUUCCGAUACCGACUACGACUACAUGCCCUCCCCAUACCCGGACAGGCACGGUAUAGCAAUACCCGGGCGAUCUUCCCGAGAGAUCUCGCCCUUACAGCUGCAAGAACGGGAAGAAUCUCCGCCUCCGCCUCCGCCUCCGCAUCGCGUGGCGGUACAUCGACAGCCAUCUCCUGGGCCUCUUGUUCCAUCGCGGUUGGAUAUGAAUAACCGCUAUGCUACCAUGCCCAGGACACCGUCCCCUGCUGCCCAUUCUGAAGGCCGCGGCCAUACGCCCUCUCCUCUCCGUGAUGCAAUGGAGGAUGUGAUGACUUCUCUGGAGGAUAUGGGGCUGUCUCGAAGCACGCAUUCACCAUCCCCACAACCUCAGCCACAACCACUAUUCAAUAAUCCCUGGUCACCAGAUGCCUACGAAGGAUUGAGUCAGAGUCGACCCUUGCGAACUUCCAAUCGACCCGUGACAUCCAUGGGAUUCGACGGGUACAAGGAAUACCAACAACCUAGUAGCCAGAAACAUAGGAACAGCGUUUGGACGCAUGACCCCUAUCCGGAUGGCCCUCCGCAACUGAACAACUACGUACAAAGAAUGGAGAGCCGCCUCCGUCAGAUGCAGGAACAAAAUCGACAGGACUCCGAGGAAAUUCAGCCGGAGGAGGACGAAGAGCCUCCACCGCCUCCUCCAAGAGGCGCCCCGUACCAUGGCCGACAUAAUUCGAUUCCGGCACAGUAUCCAUAUCUUCGAGGACGACGAUCAGGACAGGACCUCCGUGAGGAUCUGCUCAAUCGCAGCUACACUAAUAAGUCGAGCACCACGACUUCUUCGAGCGGUGUGCAAAGCAUCAGCACCAAUCUCACCGCAAGUACUGAGCGCACCAAUUUCAGUGUGAUGAGCGGUCCAUCAGCUGGUGGAUUCAGCGCAACAAGUGCCGGAAGCUACGCUAGGAGGACCACGCCAGCUGAACGACCAAACACGGCGACUGAUACGUUCCGCUCUCGAGGGUUCAGCGAUGUAUCCCGGGUAUCUAGACCUGAGACGCCACUCACAGGGAUCUCAUAUCAUUCAAGCCACAAUACCUCCCGACAGGGCGCGUCUUCCGCCAUUCCAUGGUCCGGCCCUCAAGCUGCACCGGAAGAGACCGCAGGAGUACUUGGGGGUCUGUCUACUCCAAAGGCCAAAAAACCAGGAUUCUUCAAGAAAAUCUUCGAGUCCGCGAAGACGGGAGCAGCUAACGCUCGGAGUAGCAUUGCAGUUGGUCAAAGCGGUGGUACUUUCUCCCCCUCCAAAGGGCGGGGUGUCUCGCCGAUCCGUGCCUUGCAAUCUAGCCGGGACUCGGCUCGGGAUGCAGGAAGUGCCUCUGCCAUAGAUUGGGUGCAAGUAAGGCGUGAUGUUAACCGUGCCAGCUCUCCGAGUCACAAUGAGCGGGUUGAGAGAGCGGAGCGAUGUCAAAUGAUGGAUCACCCAGUCAUCUACGCGGUGGAGGAACUCAAUGAGACCGCGGAAGGUGACGAAAGCAUUGAUGGGUUGCCCAUCAGCGAACCCAACAAUUUUGGCUCCUUCAAUCUUAGUCUGGUCGACAAGAGCGCCCGCUUCGUCAACAGUCUUCCACCAAUGACGAAUCCGGCUAGCCUUGCCCAUGGAUAUGUGUGUCGUCCGUACAAGAGUGAUAUUCAACGGUUGCGGGCUAUCUUCACCUGGGUUAGCGAAAAGAUUGCUUGGGAUGAGCCGGUUGAGGAGAUUGGGAUUGACCUGAAACGCGUGCUACAGACGAAACGGGGAAGCCCUCAAGAGGUUGCGUUUCUGGUCAAGGAGAUGUGUGCUGCCGUUGGUCUCCAUGCUGAAGUCAUCCGAGGUUUUCUAAAAACCCCGGGAGAAUUGCACGAAUACGACGGCGUUGCACGCGCGAACCAUUGGUGGAACUCAGUCCUCGUGGAUGGUGAAUGGCGCAUCAUGGAUUGUUCUCUAGCCAGUCCUACUAAUCCGCAAAGGAAUCUAUUCGUCACCAACAACGCUUCUGUGGCCGAGAGCUGGUACUUCCUCGCGCGUCCUCUAGAGAUCUGUUACACUCACCUUCCGCUCUCACCCCAUGAGCAGCACAUCUGCCCACCCAUCUCGCCGGAUGUCCUGAUGGCUCUUCCAGCCGCCUGCCCGCCGUACUUCAAGCUAAACAUGCAAUUCCCAGACUAUGACACCAGCGUGGUCCGUAUCGAGGGACUCGAGGUCAUGCAGAUCCGUCUUCUCGUUCCUGCAGACGUCGAAUGCGCCGCCGAAGUCGAAGCGCCCGGCUUCGCCUGCGAUGCGGAUGGCGAUUGCUUCGAGAACGGAGAGACCGUGCGCAAACGGGCUCUCGUCCAGCCUGACUGGAUCAACGGACAGAAACGAAUCACUGUCAAGGCGGUCUUACCGGGUGAUGAGGGACAAGGCAUGGUCAAAAUCUAUGCAGGCAAGAAGGGGCUCAUGCACUCCAGCCGAGACAUCCCCCAUCCCUUGGCUCUUGCCCUUCCCAUCAUUCACACGGGAGACAAUCCGCCGUACGACUUCGUGUUACGCCAUCCGACCCCUCAUGCCCAACGGCACGAUCUAUACAUCAUCCAGCCCCAGUGCGCCAAGCUGGCCGUGAGCAACACCUUCGUGUUUGCCGUGCGCCAACACCCCGCUUCGUCCGCCUACCAACCGGGCGGCAGCGAUCUCGGGGUCAGUGGUGGUCGGGUGUCGCCAUCCGUCUACUCGCGGCCGGCCAGUGCCUUGAGCAUGGUGUCCAGCUCCGCGGGCGGAUCGUCCGUCUCCGCCGUCUCGAACGAAUUCUCGGCCUCCACGUCGGCCAUCUCCUCCGGCCGCUCGCUGUCUGGGCGAGAGAAGCCGGCCAAGCUGGCCAUCCAGUCUCCGUCGGGCAAGAUCCUGCGGUUGACGCGCAAAGCCGACCACAUGAUCAGCUCCAACAGCCUGGCCGACUCCGCGACGGAUGCCACCGCGGAUGGCAGCGUGUGGGAGACGGUCAUCAAGAUCGGGGAACGGGGUGUCUGGCGGGGGUUGGUUCUCGCCGACCGCGUUGCGCGAUGGUGUGUGUUCUGCGAAUGGGAAUGCUACUGA